AUGCUCGGACUGCACGCGACGACGGCUCGCUCCGUUGCAUCCGCAGCACUGAGGCGUCCGCAGUCGAGCGCACACUGUUGGCUUCCGUCGCGGUCGCUGCAUCUGUGCACCAACACAGUGGUCUCUCGGAGCGGUCAGAGCAGCCACUGGCAAAACAUCAAGCCUUUCUCCACCCUCGGCCCGCUCGCGGAUUCGAGAAGGCCGACGUCACCUGGCGCGCCCUCCUCGUCACCGGACGCUUCUGAUUCAGGCAAGUCCGCCGACAACAGACCCUUCCGAAAGCAGUAUCCGCCGGUUCGCCCGCAGCCCAAGCCCAUCAACUUUGAUCAGCCCGCCAUCCCGAAUCCAAAGGAGACCGCCGCAGCCCAUGCCCAGUUUCGUCGCAACAGCCGCCGCGUCGGAGUGGCGCUACUGGUGCUGAUCCUCGUCGGAGCUGUCGGGUAUCAGCUGCAGGACACUAUCCAUCUCGAUGGCUCGCAGCCGCCCAUCCGGGGACUGCAGCUGCCCCAUGAUGAGAUGGAGCGUCAGGUUCGCGAGGCUCAAAAGUCUCAGGCCAACAGCACCAACUUCGCCCUACUCGCACUCACCCGUUCCACCACCAUCGCCAAGGCCGUCGCCCUCUGCGUUUGGGACUACCGCUCCACCCUCAACAAAACCUACUCCUCGCGCGAAGAAGAGACCGAAGAGCUGCGCCAGUGCCAUCUGCGCUCGGCUCAUCGCAUCCUUGCUGCCUUGCAGACCAACGGCGGCCUCUACGUCAAGCUUGGCCAGCAUCUUUCCGCCAUUGUCCUGCUGCCACCCGAAUGGACAACCACUCUGCGACCUCUGCAGGACCAGAACACCCCGACUCCCUUGCCCGAGCUCGAGGCCAUGUUCAGGACCGAAACAGGCAUGAGCUUCAACGAGGCCUUCAGCGAGAUCGACCCCAAACCCAUCGGUGUUGCUUCGCUCGCACAGGUGCAUCGUGCGGUGGAUCGACAGACGGGCCAGCAGCUCGCGCUCAAGAUGAUGCAUCCGGACGUCGAACGCUUCUCCGAAGUCGACAUGAAGACGGUCACAGUGCUCGUCAAGUGGGUCAAGCGUCUUCUUCCUGACUUCAGCUUCGAGUGGCUCGCAGACGAGAUGAACGAGAACAUGCCGCUCGAAAUGGACUUCCGCCACGAAGCACAGAAUGCCAAGAGGGCAGAGGAUGACUUUGCCGCCUAUCGAACCACGUCCGUCUACAUCCCCAAGGUCAAGUAUGUCUUCAAGCGUGUCAUGGCCAUGGAGUUCAUCGAUGGCCGCAGACCCGACAACCUGCGCUACCUUGCCGAGCACGACAUCGACCGUAACAGGGUCAGCCAGGAACUCUCGCGCGUCUUCUCCCAGAUGCUCUACUUGCACGGCUUUUUCCACGCCGACCCUCACGGUGGCAAUGUUCUCAUCCGUCCCGCACCGCCAGGCAGUCGAUCGCGCUACAACUUUGAAGUCGUCCUUCUCGAUCACGGUCUCUACUUUGACAUCGACCCGCAGCUUCGCGCCAACUACGCUCGCUUCUGGCUUUCGCUCCUCAAGCGUGCGAGCCCGGAAGUGACGGCAGAGCGACGCAAGUAUGCAAAGCUCAUUGCCAACAUCGAUGACGACCUCUACCCGAUCUUGGAGAGCGCCAUUACUGGCAGAGCCGGCCUCGAAGGUAGCGACCCGAAGAACCCACUCGGCGUCAAGGAUCGCAACCGCGCAGGAAGUCUCCUGGACAUGGAUGGCGGUAGCAAUCUUUCCGACGACGAACAAGAGCACAUUCGCAAGACGGUCAUGGAGAAGGAGGGCCUCUUUCUCUCGAUCCUCGACCUGCUCCGUCGUCUUCCGCGCCGCAUGCUGAUGGUGCUCAAGCUCAACGACCUCACCCGCUCACUCGACGCAAGUCUCCACACUACACAUGGCCCGACUCGACCUUUCCUCAUCGCCGCUCGCCUCUGCGCACUGGCGGUCUACCGUGACGAUCUGAAGCAGCUCAAAGAGCGUCGGGCGAGUGGCCGCGCGAGCCUGCUCACAUCGCUCUCGCUGUGGAAGGACUACUUCCGCGCAUGGUGGUCAUUCGUCUACUUUUACCGAGGGCUUGCGCUUGUGGAGAUGGCGUCAGACAUCCGCGCGCGAUGGAAGAAGAUCGUUCAAUUUGGUGCCAAUAGGGUCGGAAAAGAAGGCAGUGCAGAAAAGGCAAAGAGCGCAGCCGCGGGCCUGCAUGAUCAAGCAGCGCGCGACAUGAAGGACGAUGAAGAUCGCAGGCGCGCAAAGCUUGCGCUUCAGGACGAACCAGCUCGAUAG